ACGAUUGAAGAAACAGAUUUCGAUAAAUGUGAUAACAGCAAAACGAUAACUCAUUUGGGGUUUGGACAGCGUACUAGAAGGAUAAGCAACAACAACUACUUUUGAAAAUGAAAAACUUGAAUGCGUUGUACUUUUGUAUUUUAAUUAUUACGGUAACAGUUGCAAGUGUGUCGUCCAUAAGAUGCUACGUGUGUGUUUCGUGCAAAGAUCCCUUUGACGAAAGUAGUGCUACAACAUCCACCUGUUCCGGGUCAUGUGUUAAAGCAAAAACGGGCGACAGUGUGAUUAGAGGAUGUUCAGACUUCAAUGGUGGAGACGCUUGUGAAAAAAUUAAUGGCGCUGAAGCUUGUUCAUGUACAUCAGAUCUAUGUAACAGUGCUUCCGGAAUCAGCAUUUCUGUGGCCGUUUUCAGUUUUGCCAUUAUUUGCAUGUUCCUGUGGUUGAACUAAAACAAGAGAAAGUAACUCAAACAGCUCAAAUGUAAUGUGAUUUUUAAGUUUGCCAUGUUAUAUCUUUAAAAACUGAUGAUUACAUCUCUAUAAUAGAUUGCACUGCACUUUUUGUAAUGAAUGACAUAUUUGUCUAACAUUUUGCUUAUCCAAUUUGCAAUAUACUAAUUAUAAAACUA